UAAAAAGUGAAACAGGAAACCUCUCAAUCUUUUCCAGAAAUGACGGAACUGCCACCAGGUAUCGACAACGGCGGCGUUCCUCUGUCGCUUCCUUCAACCUCUGCCGAGGCUACCGCCGCUGGAUCGAAACGAUUUAGGAGACCAAGUGUUCGAUUAGGCGAAAUCGGCGGCGACCAGUUGUACAAUCACCACGGUUGGCAGGGGAGUAAACCCAAGUGGAACAAGAAAGAUAUGAGCAAACCAUCGGCGAGGACUCGAGCUUUAACGAAUUUGAGUUCUGGGUACGAGAAUACAGGAGCCCUAGAUGAUGAAAGAGAAGGAAAUGUGGAUGUUGGGAGUUGGCGGGUCAAGAAACGGGUCGGGUCAUCGCCGGGAGCGGCGCAGCGGCAUUAGCUACAGUGGUAGUAGAAGUAGAAGUGGGAAAACAAAGAAGUUGAAGCAAGAAGAAGGUUUUUAAUCUGUGAUAUCUCUCUUUACUUCACUUGAGCUAUUUCUGUGGAUGGUCUUGAUGAUAAUAAGGAACUUGCAAUAGGAGUUUGAAGGAGAUGAAACUGAAUGUUUUCACUUUUCAGUCUAGCUUUUGAUUGGCAUCGUUAAGUGUUUAGUUCUCUCAGUUUGUAGAAGAAACAGGAGACAUGGAUAUGCUAAG